UCAAACCAAUCAGGGAUGAUACUUCGUACGCAUGGUGACACACGGACCAAUGAAGAUAAUCUCAUCUGGGGUCGCAUAGCACUGUCAGUUCUUCCGAGGAAGCAGAAGGUUCUCGAACAAAGAGGCAAUCUGCUGUUGUCCGCCUCUGGGCGACACUCUACCAUGGAGCGCAGGAAACCCGAAGGAUUUUGCUGUCCCGAGUGCCACAUCGUCCUUGCGUCAUCCCCCGAUAUGGCAGAGCACUGUCAACGAAUGCAUAAGGACGUCUACUUGUUCGCGCGAUGCUGCAAUGAACUUUUCUUCACUAUGCCGACAUACCACGACCACUGCAUCGAUCAGCACGCUAGGCAUCUCGUCUGCCUCCAGUGCGAAGAGGCAUUUCCUUCAAAAAGUGACUUAAACGCCCACAAGAUGGCGUACGCUAAAAUUUACAUCUGUCCCAUGUGCGGACAUCGAGCCAAUAAGAUGGCCGUGUUGCGAAAGCACAUUGAAGACGUGCACUCGGUGAUCAUUGACCAGAAAUGCGUUCUGGUACAGACGAUUCCCAUCCGAUCGACGGAGGGUCAGCGCCGGCUCUUUAAGCAGAAGAUAUGGCGGAAGGUAUUUCAUAUGGCCGUACCCUGCUGCACCGGAGGGUUUGGCGGAAAGUUCUUAGCGAGGGAUAUCAUUUUUCCGUCCCUAUCUACUGAUAACUCUUUCUCGUGCAAGAGCAUUCACACGCGUUUCACGAAAUGCUCAGUGGGCAUAUCGGAGGCGUCAGUGUCCAACUGGGACACGCAGCGGCGUCUUCCAGAGGUAGAUGGCGCUAGUGGGAAUCUGCUGGAUACGGUGGAAAGUGCCGCCUGCUAUUUCGAGGACUCGUCAAAUGAAGAGCAGCAAGAUGAAGGACCAUGUGGAGAUCUACAAGCAAUCAGGAAAGCCAUAGAAAAUGCUCUGUCUAAGAGAUAACGAGGAAUGGGAUAAUAAAGAGGAUUUUAUCUUA